CGACCAUUCACGUUGUCAUGGCUUGGUGGAGGGAAGGUCACUUUCUCUUUCUUCGAGACCACUAAAGAGGCAUUCACAGUGCUCGGUUCCGACCGUUAACUGUUAACAGUUAUUUUAUUUGUUAAAGCAGAACAGUGCCUCAUUCUAGAACGGCUGAAUAUAGUUUUUCAACAAGAUGACCUACAAGUUGGGCGUUCUGGUGAUUUUGUUGGUACUUUGCACAACCCUCAUAAAUGCUGUGUUGCAACCUAAAGCUCCAAACUUCCAAUAUUUUGAAAGACCGAAGUACAGGUACCCAUAUUAUGACGAGAAUGGAGUAGGAAGACUACUCUAUGGUUAUGGAGAUGACAAACUUUACCAAUACAAAGUGUUUUCUCCAUUAGAAGGCAUACACUAGAACCACCUCUGUUUUCGUAUAUAAAAUCGAUUUCUAGUCAGAUAUUACUGUAGAUGAGAACAAGAAGAAUGGACGAGUGUUCAAUGGAAAGAACAUUAUUCCUUGCGAUCCAAUAAAAUAUGCGCUACAUUCGGUUAUUUCCCACAAUAAUUUUUGAUAGUCCCAGUCAUUUACAACGGACCAUCAGUUCAGAUCAUAACUCAUAACUAGGCAGCAUCAUACAGUCAAAAUCACGAAAGAUGAUUAUUACGUCAUACCAUAAAUUGUACUGAAGUAAUCAAUCGACGUAUGUCGAUGAUAAAAUCACGAAGUCAGGAACAUAUAUUAUGAUUUUGCGAAGUUAGGUUAUUUUACUGAUUAUUUUUAUUUUCAUUUUAUUUCAUAGGUUUAAUAAUAAUUUUAGUGGGAAGUUUUUGUUUUGAAAAAAACAGCUAUGAGUAGAAUACACUCUCAGACAGGAGCACCAAAGACCAAAGUAUUAUUCGAAAACAACCUAACCUGCUUUAACAUAACCUAACUAUUCAUCUUUCAAAUAUGAUCGAUCAUGCAACAUGAAAACAUCAUCUACCUUUGUCGGAUACAUGCAAAUUAGCAAUACAGUUUGUUUAGACAAAGUUAUGUUUGUCUCUGUCUAACAUAUCUGAAACUUCAUUCAAAAUAUAGACAAAUCGCUGUCGUUUGUCUUGACUACAGACUAAAAUGAUGACGUAUUCGUCAUCUUUUGUGAUUUAGACUAUAUUACUAUUUUGUCUGGAAGACUGUAUUUGACAGUUUGCUGACCUAUGUGACAUUUGAAACUCAUCCUGUCGUGUUCAUGGUGAUGAAUCUCCAUGUUUUUCUUGCCGACAAAUAAAACCACAAUAUGAGUCUUUCAUAUUGAAUUAUAUUAACAUAUUUUUAACGCAGGAAUCAAUAAUAUCGACGAAUUCUUCUUGAACUCAUUGUAGAUAACCAAUUGCAAUUAAAGCCAGAUAUGCUUCACGUAAGUGAAAGUUACUUUCAGUAAUUUCAUUACACUUAAGAUGAACGUGAGAUGCCUGGUCAUGGUUUCACGUUUAUAAAUAAAACUCCAUAAUUGUACAACAUUUUAUUAUAAAUAGAAAUUCACGUUUACUUAAAAAUGGAAUAUAACACAUCAAGAAAAUAUCUAUAUAUAUACAAAUUCAGGCAAAGUAUAGUUAUUUUUGCAAGAAAUAUGUCAACUUUGUAUAAUCUAUAAUAUUUGUACAUCAAUAGCAAAACAUUUAUAAAAUCUAUGAUACAUAUUUGUUGAAAAUAAAUUUUUAUAGACAUUUUAAAUGUUUAUUUACGUCUAAAGCUUUACAACAGUAUUUACUCAAAGAUAUGAAAAGACAAUAAUAGAUUUUAGUGAAAACGAAAAAUAUGAUGGUGAUGAGAAAAAGACACAUAUACUAAGUGACAUAAAUCCGAAC